AUGUGCCACUUUCAGGUCUCCUCACACUGCUGGUGUGUUCCAUUUUGUCAUAGGGUGCUGGCAGAUUACGGGCCUCCCAUUGCUGCUGCCAGGCCCGUAAUCUGCCAUGGGCCCCUGUACCGCCUCCUCAUGCUGCUGCCAGGCCCGUAAUCUGCCAUGGGCCCCUGUACCGCCUCCUCAUGCUGCUGCCAGGCCCGUAAUCUGCCAUGGGCCCCCGUACCGCCUCCUCAUGCUGCUGCCAGGUCCAGAGUGUCUCAUGGGUCCCUGUACGGCCUCCCAUUGCUGCUGUCUCCAUCGCCACACUCUGCCCAUGUGCCACUUUCAGGUCUCCUCACACUGCUGGUGUGUUCCAUUUUUUGUCAUAGGGUGCUGGCAGAUUACGGGCCUCCCAUUGCUGCUGCCAGGCCCGUAAUCUGCCAUGGGCCCCUGUACCGCCUCCUCAUGCUGCUGCCAGGUCCAGAGUCUCUCAUGGGUCCCUGUACGGCCUCCCAUUGCUGCUGUCUCCAUCGCCACACUCUGCCAUGUGCCACUUUCAGGUCUCCUCACACUGCUGGUGUGUUCCAUUUUUUGUCAUAGGGUGCUG